UUUGGUGACUUCACUCACAGCCUCAGACAGUGUUAGAGAUACAUAAUAAUAAUACACUUCUUUCUCUCUCUUCUGGGUUUGUGAACAAGCAGCCACUUCAUAUGAGUACAGUACAACAACAACAACAUCAUUCAUCAGUUACAAAACGCACCGUUUCUGCUUUCAUCUUCCCCACAUUCACAUUCACAUUCUUCUACUCUUCAUUUUCCUCUGCACAUUGCUCGCGUUGAGGACAGGUCGGUACCUGUUUUGAUGUGAAAAUGGUUCUAGGUCUGAGGACCAAAACCAGGAGAAGCCCUUCGGUUCAGCUUGAUUACAUUAUUCAUAUCCAGGAGAUCAAGCCCUGGCCCCCAUCACAGUCACUCAGAACACUUCGUGCUGUCUUGAUUCAAUGGGAAUAUGGGGAAAAGAUUUCUGGGUUUACCAAUCAAGUUGUGCCUUCACUUGGGACCGGGUCUGGUGUUGGUGAUGGAAGAAUUGAAUUCAACGAAUCUUUUAGGCUUCCGGUGACACUGAUGCGGGAGAUGUCUAUCAGAGGUGGCGAUGGAGACACUUUUCAGAAGAACUGCAUCGAGUUUAAUCUUUAUGAACCAAGACGAGAUAAGACAGUGAAAGGUCAGCUGCUAGGAACUGCUGUUCUGGAUUUUGCAGAUUAUGGCAUUUUUAAAGAAAGUUUGAGCCUUAGUGCUCCCAUUAGCUGCAAGCGGACUUACAGAAACACCGCACAACCACUUCUCUUCCUCAAAAUCCAGUCAGUUGAGAGAAUGCGUACAAGCUCCUCGUCAAAGGACAGCUUGAUCAGAGAAGUUUCGAUGGACAGUAAUCAUGGUGAAUCUGUUUCUGCACUGAUGAGUGAAGAAUAUGCAGAAGAAGCUGAGUUUACUACAGAUGAUGAUGGGUCCUCACAAUCAUCACUGGCUGUUGCUUCUUUCACAGCUGAUUCAAAUGGCAGUUCAUCGCCUCAUAAAGAGAGCAAACCUGCUGUGAAUCAUAGUGCUCCAGAUGCAAAAGUUGACACUGUACAAGACCAAUUUGUUGCCAAACCAGAUGAGGAGCAAGCCACCAAAUCUUACAUGAAUCCAGCCGGGAUUUCAUCUCGUUCUUCAUCAAUGGAUUUAUCUUCUGAUAUUGCAUGGAUUUCCAAAAAAAUUACUUCUCAAAGUUUGCAGCCAUCUCAACUCGAAGAAACAGAUAAACAGCAGAAAUCCAACAUAAAAAGCAAUGAGUUUGGAAAACAAGCAGAGGGCGGGAGGGAUUUGAAAGUUCAGCUUAGUUCUGAGGAAGGCAAACUCAGCCAUCCUAUUUCCGAAAAGACAAUGGCAGAGUUACAUCACCAGACAGAUAGACACAUUGGUUCUGGUUUCAGCUACCUGGUGGAUGACAAGAAUGCAUCAUCUAUUGGUGCAGAGGAUCUGCUCGUGGCUGGACGAACAAACGCUCGUCUAAAUAGUUCCACAGAUGAAGAGAUCACAGAAAAACAUGAAAAGUAUUCAGAAGAAAGAAGAAUCAUGGAAGAUGAAAACCAAAAAGUUGAGGAGGAGCCUUCAGGAGGCCUCUCUCAAGUUGAGGUCCAGCAGCAGGUCAUGUUAGAAAAUGGUUUGCUUUCUUCUACCAAGGAAAGUUUCACAGUUCAUAGUAGUUAUUCAAAUACCGAUAAAUCUAAGAAUUUGAGGUCAGUUCGAUCAUCACUGGACUCAAGCAGGAGCAACGGAUCGAUCAGAAGCAAUCAUUUUUCUGUGACAGAUACUGCACGAGGCUCCAUAAGUAGCGAACGCAAGGAUUCUAAGGCGUUUAUAAAGGAAACAAGAAAUCUUCUUUCAGACAGUAGAAUUCAGCAAUUGGAACAGAAGAUAAAAAGACUGGAGGGAGAGUUGAUGGAAGCUGCUGCUCUUGAGGUUAGCCUUUACUCUGUGGUUGCAGAACAUGGAAGUUCCAUGACAAAAGUCCAUGCUCCAGCUCGACGCCUUUCAAGACUCUAUUUUCAUGCCAGCAAACAGAACUCAAAAUCAGAGAGAGGGACUGCAGUUAAAAGUAUUGUGUCUGGAUUAGUUUUAGUUGCAAAAGCAUGUGGCAAUGAUGUUCCUAGAUUGACUUUCUGGUUAUCAAACUCCAUUGUACUGCGAGCAAUUGUGAACAAGUCAUUUGGGCACAGUCAGUUACCUAUAUCUGUUGGACCUGAUGCCAGAAAAAUGAGCGACAAAAAUGGAAAAAAGAAAUCAACACCACUUAAAUGGGAGUCCUUCCCCAGUAAGAGUACAAGAGGUACUAUUGAGGAUAGUGUUGGUGAGUGGGAAAACCCUCCAAUGUUUGCCGCUGCACUGGAAAAAGUUGAAACAUGGAUAUUUUCACGAAUCAUCGAGUCUCUAUGGUGGCAGACUUUUACUCCGCAUAUGCAGUCUGGUGCAGCCAAAGCAAUUCGUAGAAGUAUGGAUUCUGACUCUGGCAAGUCAUACAGAAGGACAUCGAGUUCAAUUGACCAACAGGGAAACUUUUCUCUGGAACUCUGGAAAAUGGCUUUCAGGGAUGCAUGUGAAAGGAUAUGUCCUGUUCGAGCUGCAGGACACGAUUGUGGUUGUUUGCAUGUGCUCUCCAAACUGAUAAUGGAGCAAUUGAUUGCUCGACUAGAUGUGGCUAUGUUUAAUGCCAUUCUUCGAGAAUCGGCUGAUGAAAUUCCAACAGAUCCUAUAGCAGAUCCCAUUAGUGAUGCUGAGGUUCUCCCGAUUCCAGCAGGGAAAGCCAGCUUUGGUGCCGGUGCACAACUGAAAAAUGCGAUUGGGAAUUGGUCCAGAUGGCUUACAGAUCUCUUUGGUAUUGAUGAUGGUGAUGAUGAUUUGCUUGAAAAUGAGAAUAGCUCAGAAGCUUCUGAUGAUGACGAGCGCAGCUCACGUGAUACGUCAUCAAAAUCAUUCCAUCUCCUUAAUGCACUAAGUGAUCUGAUGAUGCUUCCGAAGGAUAUGCUAUUGAGUCGAACAAUUAGAAAAGAGGUGUGUCCUACAUUUGGUCCAACAUUGUUAAGAAGGAUCCUUAACUCUUUCGUACCGGAUGAGUUUUGCCCUGAGCCAAUUCCUGGAGUUGUACUCGAAGCCUUAAAUUCAGAGGACUCUUUUGAUUCCAAUGAAGAUCCUACCGUAAACUUCCCCUGUGUGGCUGCAGCAAUUGUAUAUCAGACACCAGCAGUCGAUUGGGUUGCUAAUAUCUUUGGAGAAAUCAGCAGUCAUCCUAAGCUAACACGUAGCGGAUCCUCAGUACUCAAGAAAUCACAGACGAGCGAUGAUGAACUUGAUGAUCUCGAUUCUCCUCUGAAACCCAUUGUCCUUGACGGCUUCCAGUCAUCACCUUCUCCAGUAAGGCCCGCUUGGGCAUCUAAAGAGAAUGGAAGUCGGAAUACUGUGAGGUAUCAACUCCUGCGGGAAGUAUGGAUGAAUAGCGAGUAAUGACGACAUGAUGCUGGUGUUGUCACUUUAUGAAAUAUGGGGUUUACACCUCGAUCAACCUCUAGAAUCUCUUUGUUGUCAGAUGAAUGCACUAAAGAAAAUAGUGUCAAGAUGUUGAAACCUGUGUACAUUAGCUGUAGAAUGUAUAGAGAGAUUAGAGCUCUUAAAUAAUCUCUAUGGAGGGGUUGCUUUUUCUAGUUUCUAUAUGUAAAUACAAGUUCGUCUUUUUCUCC